GGGAUAACACACUAAUGGUAACAUUGUAACAUCCUUACAUAGAUCUCAUCCGGACGGACCACAUGUGGAUCACGACAACAUUUUAUGAAUUUCAAAAAUGGAUAAAAUUUCCAAUACUAACAUAACACGUUGACAAUUUUGCAGUUGCGCUGUCCCAUUAGCAAAUGCGAAACGCCUAAUUGGGUUUUCUUAUAACUAAUAUUCAUUAUUUAUUACCACUCCCCAACAACAAACUUAUUUUAUCUCUCACAACGUUAUCAACACCACUUUCAUUUGCAUCAUCCUCAGUUUCAUUUCACUCCCAAAUAAGUUAUAUAACCCAAUCUCCCAAAACACACACAAACACAUCAUUAUGCAGGUCAACGAAAAAAUGAGGAACCGUUAUCCUCUUAUCGGUGAAAAACGUUGGUCGGUAGUUUUGUUGGUCAUUUUGGGAAUAAUCGGAGCAUUGGUUUUCACAACAACCAUACUCCAAACCUCCAACAACACCUUGUUUUGUUCACUCACCCGAACCUCGAACCAACAAUCCAACCCUACACCGAUCCAGCUUCGUGCCAUCCUUCACUACGCAACCUCCCACGUUGUCCCUCAACAAUCACUCGAAGAGAUCAGCAUAACCUUAAACGUCAUCAAAUCCCUAAACCGUCCCUUCAACUUCCUCGUAUUCGGUCUCGGCCACGAUUCCCUCAUGUGGGCCGGGUUCAACCCACAUGGAACCACGCUUUUCCUCGAAGAAGAUCCGAAAUGGGUUCAAACGGUUCUCAAAGACUCGCCGGAGCUUCGAGCUAUUACCGUUCCCUACCGUACACAGCUUCAAGAAGCCGACGAGCUUCUCAAAACGUACCGAUCUGAGCCGGCUUGUUCUCCGGCUAAAGCCACGCUGAAAGGCAACGAAAAAUGUAAACUAGCGCUUCAUAAUCUCCCCGACGAGGUUUACGAUACCGACUGGGAUUUGAUAAUGAUCGACGCGCCGAGAGGGUAUUUCGCGGAGGCGCCGGGUCGUAUGGCGGCGAUAUUUUCGAUGAACGUGAUGGCUAGAAAUAGAAAAGGCUCCGAUGUGACACACGUGUUUUUGCACGAUGUAGAUCGGAAGGUGGAGAAGGCUUACGCCGAAGAGUUUCUUUGUAAGAAAAACAAGGUGGAUGGUGUGGGAAGACUCUGGCACUUCAAAAUUCCUGCAAUUGGAAACAAUGACACUCGUCAUGAUUCCAAUGAUUCAACUUUCUGUUAAGUUUCAAUGGCUUCGGAUUUUUCAACGCUAGUUUUUGUCUUCCCACUAGUCGCGGAGGGUUUUUUGUUUUUCUCUAUCUUAUUUUAUUUUAUUUUUCUUGACCAUAGAGUUUGGAUCUAAAACAUGUGGCGGUGAUAGAAACACCAUUGUAGUCAUUCUAGUGAAUAGUACUACUAUUACUACUACGACUUUACUACAGUUUUAAUUUAAAUUUGUUUUUCUACUAA